AUGAGGCCAGCGCAGCUCUAUUUGUUUGAAGGCAAAAGGGCAGGAAAUCUUAAACAGGAGAGUGAUAAUGGUGGGGAUCAGGCACCUCCUUUCCAAGAACUGUCUGCCGUGGUGAACUUGGGUCAGUUGGCUGCUUAUUCACCCACGAGCGACAACAGAUUAAUGAUGGAACCAUCACAAGAGUUUGUAUUUAAUUACAAGGGGUUUUACUUUCCAAAAAUUACUACACCUGAGUAUGUAGCUUCCCUGGAGAAUUUUGAAAUCAAGGACAGUGACAUAUUUAUAGCUACUUAUCCAAAAUCAGUGCCUGGCAGUGCCUGGUUUGAUCACAUUUCAGGCUGGUACAGUCAUGCGAAGGAAUUCAAUAUACUCUUCCUGACCUACGAGGAGAUGAAAAAGCGGAGGCUUUGUCAGGGCACCUGGUGCAAGACGCAGAGAGGCACAGUUGGAGACUGGAAAAACACGAUGACAGUGGCACAGAGUGAGAGGUUUGAUGAAGUUCUUAAAGAAAAAAUACAGACCCUGCCUAUCAAAUUCACCUGGGAUACAGACAGUGAAAUGUAGCCUGGCUUUGAGUUUUGUCACUCAUUGACAUUCAUCAUGGAUGGAUAUCCCUGAAGUCCUUGAAGAACAUAAUAUGACAAUUUUCAGCUAUGUUGUAGAAAUAAUAAAUGUAUAAAUAUCUAUUAUAUGUAAUAUAUUAUAUAAAUAA